AUGGCGAACACCGUACUCGCUUGCCGAUGGCCUGGUGCUGACUUAAGCGCAGGAGCGGCAAUGUGUCCGUUGGCUGACAGCCACUGCCAAGCUGCGGAGGGCGUGCUUCCAUCAAUCGCUGAUUUACUGCUCAAUGUUCUUAGCUACCUGAGAGCUGCCUCGCUGAGCCAGCUUCUGUAUUCUUCACAUGAGGCAGAGUUAUGGGUGCGGAUGUACUUGCCAGCUUUGGUGGACAAGCGUGGAUGGGGGAACGCCGACUUGAGCGCCAACCCACUGUCCACGCUCCACCUGUCGGAGAUGUGGGACGUUUUGGCAAACGUAUGCUCUCCUAUAGGCGUGAACUUCAUGCUGUUGCGGCACACAUUCUACGGAACCAUGCUGGAGCUGCAGCUUUCUCCAGGUUCAACACUGGCUCAUUUCAAUUUUCGGGCCAGUGACGAGGCGACGCCCAUGUGGUGUCGGGGUAGUUUCGCCGUUCGAGGUGCCUUGCAGUGUGGCAAGUGGACCGAUGAGUUGCGGCAGCGCCCCCGCAGAACGCCAAUCACACAGGAUUCGUUGGCCCAACAAAGCUCUUAUCGAGUCGAACAUUGUGGCGACAGGAGACAUCCAGAUCCCAGAAAAUUUCUCGAGGCCGCCCAGCGCUGCCCUUCGACGCUACAUGCACGGCCAAGUCAUGACCGAACUGGUUCUCGGCUUGCUUGCCGCGUGCUAUCUAUUUUCUUUAUAGUUGUGGUUGUGCUUGCGCUAGCCAUCACCUGCUUCGCUGCGACGCAUCCUUCACAUGACCUGUCUCUUACCAGACUAGUUGGGUUGGCAGCUGUCGGCGGAGCUCCAGUAUUAAUCGAGCCGAACAGCAUCCAGCCCCCGCCCGUGAACACGACUCGAUUGCUUCAGCAGGCUUUGCUUUAUGGACAUGCAUCUGUGGCCACGACGACGAGUGCAAAGAACCACUCCUGGCCACCCGCAGCACUGAAGCAUGCAGGCGAAGACUGCUGGCGAGCUUGUGGAAACACAUCCGGCGAUUGUGCCUGGUGCGGUAUAGGAAACGCCUGCUGCCGGCAGGGUGCAAAGUUGGACCCGCCAGAGUGCGAAGGCGCUACCUUCGCGACCACCAAGUGGCAUACCUGCGUGACGCCAGCAAAGCGUUUUUUUCUGAAGCAUGCAUCACAAGAUUGCCUGUUACACUGCAAUGGCCGCAGUGGGUAUUGCGACUGGUGCGGUUCAGGAAAUGUUUGCUGCAUGCAGAAGGCUCUUUCCCUGGACGCCCCAGAGUGCAAGGGCGCGUAUUCUUUCAGAGUUAGCAACGAGUAUCGGUGUGUGCCCACCACGGGUGUUUGUGAUGUGGGAGUGGGAGAGCUUCCAGAUGGAUACGGUGGCUGCAAGAAGCCAGACACGGCUCCAUCCACCGGAUUCUACAUGUACAAGGCGUCCUCACCGUUUUGGCCUCGUGAGCUGAACUUGAGCACGAACAUGGGCAGUUUGCAAGGUGUUCUUUGGUAUCUGCACAAUCACAUCGUCACAGAAUGUCCGCGCAAGCACGGAAUCGACCGUAUUGAGCGAUUCUUUGUCACGACCAAGCCGACCGACGAGCUUUAUCAGAACGGCAAACACUUGUUCGACAGCUUCCGAGAAUUCCGACAAGGCAAAGUGCAGGACCCCACCUUCAAGGCAACUCACUGGGAUAAGUACGGCUACAAUGUGGGCUGUGUCCGAGUUGACCCGAGGCAGUCCACAGCCUUUUACCCUGAUGCCAUUUGGUAUUCACUCCCUGGGCGAUGCCCAACGCAAGAGCUCGAAGGCAAAACAGAAAGAUGCGAGCUUGAAGAGCCCGGUGGAUAUUGUGAUGUUCCGAACGGUAAUCAUACUUGCACCUGGACCGCGACCUAUGCAGGGGAGGUGUUGCUUGAUGACCUUGCUGGCAUAACAGAUCCGGUCUCGUUCUGCAACUUGGGCGGCUUCGAGUACGACAUUGGCCUGGAUAAAGGAAUCCAAAACGACUUUUGGAAUGGAAAGCUGAAUUUGGAAGCAUGCAGCCGUCGUGUCGACCAAGUGCAGAUCGAGUUCGCAAAGAGAUAUCCUUACUUGCCUUCGGCGCUGGACCGCAAAGCCCGACUUUCCACCGGUAAUGUCUUACGCCCCAAAGCGCGGCAUCUUUUCUCGGAAAAGGUCAGGCACCGCUUAGCGGAAUUUGGCACAGCAUACCUCCACGCCAAGUCGGUGUUUUUCAACAACCGUCGCAUUUUGCGGGAUGUGAUCCGAUGCUGGGCGAGUGCUUUUCUUGGCACGGACAUCAACCAUGAGAUUCCGCCACAUGCUUCAGCCCGGGCUUCGGACAAGACUCUGGACCCGGAGAGUCGCAUUGGAAGUUUGCGCAGCGUUCUGCCUAUUCGGCACGGCGCCUACAAGCUUGAAAUCACGUGGCCAGCCGAUGCUCUGCCAGGGACGGUGGCCAAAGCCUCAGCAAAGGUCGAGAAGAUGCAGCAGGGAGCGAGGUCCAAACUUCGCAAGUUACAUCCCAGUGCAAGAUAUUGCCAUGUCGACAGACGCGUGAUGGGCUGGGGAUCCUCCAGCACUCACAAAUCCAAAAUCCAAGCAGGCGUUUACUCUCAAACUAGAGGUCACUACCCAGAAGCACAGCUGGCCCGUGCAAUGCGGACGCCCCCCUUGCCCAAAGAUGGAAGGGUUGAGCUGCGAAGUCGCUGCCUGGCAGCUGUGGAUGACAACGACAAGGUCCUCUUCGAGGUGAAACUGUCCGGCCCAGAUGAGCUGAUACAGAACUGGGAGGCUGCAUGCCAGCGGUACGAGAGCCUCCUGCAGCAGAGGGGUCAGAAGCUAGACAAGCAGGCAUUGCAGGUGCCGCAUCCUGUCUUCAUUCCCUCACGCGGUCGACCAGAGAAGGCACAUCUCAAUUGGGAAGCUCCGCAUGUUUUCGGCCCCCAGGAGAAGGAACCAGGCUUGGCGCCCGUCGUUUGUAUCGUGGUCGAGCCCGAAGAGGAGGAGGCCUAUCGGGGGACCUGGCCACUUGCUUUGAUGCUCGUCCUUCCCGAAGGCAGUCGCGGACCAGGCUACGCUCGGUGGGUUGUCCAGAUGGUAUGUACUCGGGCAACCGUCACUGGAGGAUGCUCUGGACCCUGUCAGACGGCAACGGUGCUGCGCCGUUUGGGCAGGAUCUGGAUCGUGGACGACACUUUGACCACGUUCUACAGGUUGGCCUGGAUGGACAACUUCCGCCAGUGCGGCAGAUUCGCAAGGCCUAAGCGGAUGAAGCACAGAGUUGCAAGCAGCGAGCUGAUGUUCGUGGAGGCACUUUUGGCUGUCCAGCGCCAUCCGUUUCUUGGCAGGGCCGCGGUGGCCGGCUUCUUACGAGACGACGGCACCGCUGUCUGCAAGCGUGCGGAGUGGAAGCUGGACGAGCUCGCUCUCUACAAGGUGGUGCUCCUGGACUUGAACGAGCUUCGGCGGUUGCAAGUCGAGUACGUGCCGAGUCUACAGAUGUACGAGGACAUCUGUCUCAAUCACGACGUCCUGAGCAGGGGGGGUCGAACCCUGAAAUGUCAGUGCUAUGGCUUUCGAGCCGUGCACGCCAAAAUGGGAGGCUGUUUACACCAGCGUGCUGGACAUCGUGCUGCAGGAAAGAGCACGGGCAUUACCAAGCUGGAGGAUCUAGUCCAACCGGCUGCUUUCGCGAGCAUGCGCAACGACAGACAGAAGGCUAUCGGGGAGCUGCUUCGUUGGGUCCAAGACAAAGAGACCCUGUACCGGAAGCGAUCUUCGCAGGAGCCAGACCAACCGUCUUCCAACGCGAGGAAGAGAAAGGAAUCAAGCGAGAACUCUGAUCGUACCGAUGGCCGGACAGGAAGCAGUGAUGUGAAGGUCGAGCUCCCCGAGGCCAUCAUAGUCAGCGAUGACAGUGACUUCGAGGAGCUGAAGAUGACCUCGGCAAACACGGACAUUGCACCCCUUGCCUGGGGGCCGCCAAAUCAGAGGGUUGUGCGCAAGACCUGA